GACGCCUGCGGCCACCGACGCGCCCGUCGCCGUCGCGCCCCUGAUGGCCGUCGCGUGCGCCCUGACCGGCGCGCCACCUCCUCUGGAGGCGAUCUCCCGCAGCAGCACGCGCAGGUCGCAGCUCAGCCUUGCGCACUCCGCCGCGUUGGAUCGCGCCUCUGGCGGCGUUGGCGUCCUCUGCCGUCGGCGCAUCGGGUUUCACCCGCAUGCGGACCUUGUGGCGGACGGUUUGCAGCAUCGGUUGCAGGCCGCUUGGCUGGGUGCUGUCAUGAAGGGCGGCCUCCACCUCUGCAGCAUCUGGCUCUUCCACAGCCAAGGAGUGUCGGAGUCCAACCUGCACAUCCUCGCGGAGGCUGCGGCGCUGCUUGGUACCUUAUCGGGGCCGUGGGUGAUCGCCGUGGAUUGGAAUAUCACUCCCGACAUGCUCACGGCUACUGGCUGGCUGGACGUCGUCAAGGGCCGCAUCAUCUCGCCCGCUUUUCCCACGUGCAAUGGCUCUACAUACGACUUCUUCGUGAUCAGUCGGAGCAUUGCGCAUGCUGUUCUGGGGGUCAGUCGUAUCGACGACGGCGGCUUCACGCCACACUUUCCCACCAGGCUGUACCUGGCCGGCGAUGCUCGCCGCAAGGCGGUCCGCCGCUUAGUUCGGUCUCGGCGAGUCGACGGGGAGCUCCCUGCAGGCCCCCUGCCGGAUCCCGCGCCGGGCGAUUGGGAGGCCGACGACAUUGCUGACGUGGCGCAGCUGGCAGCCGCCAUCGACAACUGGCAUCGCGCGGCACGCAGAACUUUCUUUUCGCUCUUUGGAUUGCCCGCGACGUGGUUUCGACCGCGGUUCUGCUGGGAACCCGCCGCGGGGCAGCUUGCCCGGCGGUGCGCUGGCGCUUCCAUGGUCGCUGUUGCAUGGCGGGAGUGCUCUGCGAGGGCGUUCGAGGUCGCUGCCAUCCUCGGGCGACCGCAGCCCGCAGCUGCCGACGAGGUGCUGCUUGCACGCCAUUGGUCACGAGUGCUCGCUGCGACGCGGCCGGCGGGUCGGGCUCCUGGCGAGGUUUCUGAGGCCAUGCGCGCUUGGCCAGCAGCUUUCGGCCAUGCGCGGCAGUCCCGCGGCCCCACUGCCCUGCCCUCUCUCGCCGCCGAGGCCGCCAAGCAUGCCCAGCGGAUCGAGAGGGCUGUCUCGGGCGCGCGCCUGGCCAGCUACCGCGGCGCCCUCGCUGACAUCCCCGAUGCGGUCGACAUGGAUUCCGAGCCUCAUGCAGACCGGGUCGAGGUGUCGAUGGAUGCCCGCAGUCAUGCCGCCGUUGCCCCGCUUCCCGAGCAGUCCGCGCUCGACGCCGAGGCCGUCGGCUGGGCUGAGCAAUGGGCAGUCCAGGAGGCAUACCGUGAACCGUUCUUCCCGGAACAUCUGCUGUUUGCGCCUCAGCCGAUCACGCUGUGGGCCUUGGACCAGGCCAUUGCUUCUUUCCCCGUCCGCACAGGCCUCGGGGCCGACCGCCUGGCGCCGCGGGCCAUCCAGCGGCUCCCCAUCGCGGCCCGCAUGCUGCUCAUCCACAUAUUGCUUGCCGCGGAGCGGCUGGGUGGGUGGACGGCCGCUUGCAACCUGGUGCUGGUCGUUUUACUGCCAAAGCCGGACGGCGGCUUGCGCCCGAUCGGCCUCUUCCCCACUCUCAUCCGCGCGUGGAUGCGCACGAGAGCCUCCGCAGCCCGGGCGCGGGAAGCAGCUCGCGCAGUCCCGUCGGUGUUCGGCAGCGCUGGUCGCGGGGCGCAGCGCGGGGCCUGGGCAGCCGCCUCUGCCGCCGAGGCCCCGGCAACUUCCGCGCGCCAACACGUCGCCUCCCUCCUGGAUCUGGCGAAGGCGUGCGAACGGGUGCCGCGCCACCUCGUGGCUGCAACCGCAGCGCGUUUGGGCUUCGACUUGAUCAUCCUUCGCCUGUCACUGGCAGCUUGCCGCUUGGCCCGGGCCAUCGGGGUGGAAUGGACAUUCUCGUGUUUGCUCAUCGCCACCCGCGGUUUUACAGCGGGGUCUGGCUUCGCCACGCUCGAGCUCCAGAUGCUGCUACACGAGUCCAUGCUCAUUGCGUCCUGGCGGUGGCCCUCAUUGCGCCUUUACCUGUACGUGGACGACCUGACCAUCGCUGCCUCCGACUUCUCUGACGAAGCACUUGCGGCAGUGGCGCGUGGCACGAACUUCAACGUGGACAUGUUCGAGCGCUGCCUCGCGUUCACGGCCUCGACGACGAAGUCGUUCGCGACGCGCCUCAAGCAGUUCAACAUGCGCACUCCGAGAGUUCAUACCCUGCGCCGCCAGCGCGUGGAGACCACCCGCGUGGUGAAGGCCAUCGGGAGCCCCAGCAUGCUGCACGGCGUGGGUAUCAUUGGCGCGCCCAGCACGCAUCUGCACAGCGUGCGCGCUGCAGCCCUCUGCGCCGCUCUGCCGCCUGGCGCGAGCCGCAACGUCGACGUCGCUUUCGCCGUCCUGGAUGCCGGUGGCGCCGCAUUGGGCCCGGUCGUGGCGACUGGCAGGUCGCCGUGGUCCGCCGUGGCUGGCCCUGUGGCCGCUGUUAUCGCCACGGCGUGGCGCCUCGGCUGGACUUGUUCCUCUCCGCGGCGAUUCCUGGGCGACGCUGGCGAAACGGUCGACUUCCUGCUCGUGUGCCCCGCCAUGGUGUCGGCCGCUGCGCACAGGUCCGUCGACAGAUGGCGGACCAAACGCGUGAUCUCCAUGAUCCCGCCCAUCGCCGCCAGCGCGCCGGACCUGCCAACGCGGGCGCGCGCGUGCUCGGACCUGUUGUCCGCGCUCCCGGAGGCCCGCGCGACGCUGCUCCGCGCGCGCGGACUGCUCGCCCUUCGGCUGCCGCGGCCAGCGGCGCAGGAGGAGCUCGCCGCGUGCUGGUUCGCGGCCCCGCCCGACGAGACGCGCGCCGACCUGUGUUGGUACACGGAUGGGUCGAUGAGGUUCGGCCCGCUAUGGGAGCCCCGGCGCACGGGGUGCGGCAUCGUGGUCGUCUCUGUCUGUGGCGACCUAGUCGCACACGGCUGUGCCGUGCCUCCCCCUUGGGCCCGCACUGCGGCAGCCGCGGAGCUUUGGGCGGCGGCGCUCGCGCUCUCCAUCGCCGUCGCGCCGCCCAGCAUCCGCGCGGACUGCCGGGCCAUCCUGACAACUGCUGCGGCCGGCACGCUCCAGGCGACCAGGCCCACGCGCAUGCUCGCGCAGCUGUGGUCGCGCGUGUCCGCGCUCUUGGACGGCGACACCUCGGAGCUUCUGGUGGCCGGGAGGCUCGCUUGGAUGCCAGCGCACGGCUCCGUUGCCAGCAUCGGCACAGCCAGGAGGUCCGACGGGCACGUCGCGACCGCGGUUGACUGGCGCGCGAACCGCCUGGCCGACGCUGCUGCCAAAGCGGCUGCGGGGUGCUCGCCAGAGUGCGCGGCGGGCGCGCAGCUCUUCGGGCAGGCGGAGCGUCUCGUGGCGCAUGAGGGCGCGGUCAUGGGGGCCGUCACCCACGCCGCGAACAACCGCGUUCGCGAGCUGGUCGGGCCUGACGGCGCCGGCGCGUCGCGGUGCGCGACGCGGCCGCCAUGCGGCGCCCGAGGGCGUUGGCUCGCGUGGGCCGUCUGCAAGGCGCGGGCGGCCGUGGCGCGACCGUCGUCGGCGCCGCCUGCGGCCGAGCCGCUGGAUGCUCUCCGGGCGCGCGUCCUCGUCGGCGUCGGCCAGGGCGCCGCGGC